UGCUGGACGUUCCUUCGUGCUAGGUAGGCUUUACGUUCGGUUUGUUUUCGACUAUUCGGGUCCAUCGUGCGUUUCCGUGUUUUAAUCAAUCGCUACGUGUGUGUACAUAUAAGCGGAAAACGGUUCGCGAUCGGAAACACCCGGCGAAAUAAAUAAUCCGGAGCGUGAAUUCGGUUCAACCUUUUUGUGGUUCUUUGAAUUUCAUAUUGGUUGAUUGUGUAUAUGCUAAACAAUAGCGUUAGUGGAGAAAUUAGCGCGGUGCGGUGACGAUUUGUUUAUGGAUAACUGGUGCAGUAGUGACAGAAGAAGGCGACUCGAAAGGCCAUUCUACAGUUUGUCCCCGGAAUAAAUACGAGAAUGUCUCAAUCGGGAUUAUACGGGCGUUUUCGUCUCCGUUGAGGGUUCAUUUAUCUUAAUCGAAUAAAGUGUAUGCAGUGUGUGGCGAUUCAAACAACUGGUGUUUUGUGUUGUUGUCGGGGUUUUAUCAAUGAAUCUGUCAAAAGUUUGUGAUGGGUAUUUGUUGUGAUGGUACUCCAGAUUGUGGACGUUGAUUUGGUUGAAUAAUCAACUGGGAGAGUGCAACGGAUGCACACGAAAAAUUUGGUUCAGUGUCAGUCGGGAGAUGGGAAGAAAUAGUGAUUAAUGGAGUGUAAAUUUUGUGAGAGUGCGUUGUUGUCAACUCUGUGUCUAUAAAUUGGUGAAAACUUGGGAUAACACUACCGGCUUACCGAAAUUGGUUCUUCGCAAUUCUGGCGGCUGUCAAACUUGUCACUAUUCUCACCGCGGCUGCACGUCAAAAUGCCAGUGUCCCUGCGGAGGACGGGCAGCACGAAGCAGCUUCUAUGAGGUGUCUUAAGAAGAAGAUGAGCCAGGUCUUCUCGUUGACCCAUCGAUACAAACGAACCCUCCAAGCGAUGGCUAUCGGCAGCUUCCUGAUCUACAUGACGCUGGUCCUGUACCAGAACGUCUACGGCUACAGCGGCGAUAAUAGACUGCAGGAACUCGGUCCGGCUCCGGAAUCAGCCGCCCUUACGCAAAAUGUGAUAGCAAAACUAGGUAGUGACAGUGAAAACAGUGCCCCUCUGAUGCCAAGUGACGAAACCGUCCUACGAAAGCAAUACUUGAAAAGUGUGAUCGGGACCGAUAAUCGACGGAUCAACUCCGUAGGUCCAACCCGGUUCGAUAAAACGGCCGCCGGCAGCUACUACAAUGGCGGUCAACUUUCCGUAACCGGAACCCCGAAACCUCCGACGACCGAACUCGAUGAUCUACUCAUCAGUGUCAAAACCACCAAGGGAUACCACGACACCCGGCUGGAAAUGAUCAUCAAGACCUGGUACCAGCUGGGCAAGGAACAGACGUGGUUUUUCACCGACACCGACGAUCAGCAUUACCAAAAGUUGACGAAUGGACACAUGGUCAACACCAACUGCUCCCAGGGCCAUUUCCGGAAGGCUCUGUGCUGCAAAAUGGGGAAGGAGUUCGAAUUCUUUCUCGACAGUGCCAAAAAGUAA